CAACGCACGGGAGGAGACGUUUCGGGAGCGUUUGGCUCGUUGGAUAUUUUAUUUGCCGACGGAUAGACCAGCACAGCGAAGGUGUUGUUUGUCCAGCUAGACUAGCUCGGCAUAACACGACACGGAAACAGUUUAUUUACCGCUGGAAACUAGAACGAAAAGCAACUACCCUUCGAAGAGUGAAGAACGAGUGUAGUCGAGACGACCGUGCGUGCGCGAGUUUUUGUGAAAAACCUACCAAUUCCCAUCGACCUGCACAACCAUGGGAAUAAAAUUCCUGGAAAUAAUUAAACCGUUCUGCGGCAUACUGCCGGAGAUCGCGAAACCGGAGCGAAAGAUUCAGUUUCGCGAGAAGGUACUAUGGACGGCCAUCACCCUGUUCAUCUUCCUCGUCUGCUGCCAGAUCCCGCUGUUCGGUAUUAUGAGCUCGGAUUCGGCCGAUCCCUUCUACUGGAUACGUGUCAUUCUCGCCUCGAACCGUGGUACGCUAAUGGAGCUGGGCAUUUCGCCGAUUGUAACGUCCGGCCUGAUCAUGCAGCUGCUGGCCGGUGCCAAGAUUAUCGAGGUCGGUGAUACGCCCAAGGACCGGGCCCUGUUCAACGGAGCCCAGAAGCUGUUCGGUAUGGUGAUCACCAUCGGGCAGGCGAUCGUGUACGUAAUGACGGGCAUGUACGGUGAUCCGGCCGAAAUCGGUGCGGGCGUGUGUUUGCUCAUCAUCAUUCAGCUGUUUGUGGCCGGUUUGAUUGUACUGCUGUUGGACGAGCUGCUACAGAAGGGCUACGGACUGGGCAGCGGCAUUUCGCUCUUCAUUGCCACUAACAUCUGCGAAACGAUCGUGUGGAAGGCAUUCUCGCCCGCCACCGUCAAUACGGGCCGUGGAACCGAAUUCGAAGGCGCUGUCAUUGCACUGUUCCAUCUGCUGGCCACCCGCCAGGACAAGGUGCGAGCGCUCCGCGAAGCAUUCUACCGCCAGAACCUGCCCAACCUGAUGAACCUGCUCGCGACGGUGCUGGUGUUUGCAGUGGUCAUAUACUUCCAGGGCUUCCGCGUGGAUCUACCGAUCAAGUCGGCCCGGUACCGCGGCCAGUACAGCAGCUACCCGAUCAAGCUGUUCUACACGUCCAACAUUCCGAUCAUUCUGCAGUCGGCGCUCGUGUCCAAUUUGUACGUUAUCUCGCAAAUGCUAGCGGUUAAGUUCCACGGCAACUUCCUGAUCAAUCUGCUCGGCGUGUGGGCCGAUGUUGGUGGUGGCGGUCCGGCUCGAUCGUACCCGAUCGGUGGGCUUUGUUACUAUCUGUCUCCACCGGAAUCGCUCGGACACAUCGUAGCGGAUCCGAUCCAUGCCGUCCUGUACAUCGUGUUCAUGCUCGGUUCGUGCGCAUUCUUCUCCAAGACGUGGAUCGACGUGUCGGGCAGCUCGGCCAAGGAUGUGGCGAAGCAGCUGAAGGAGCAGCAGAUGGUGAUGCGUGGUCACCGGGAGAACUCGAUGAUCCACGAGCUAAACCGCUAUAUCCCGACGGCGGCCGCAUUCGGUGGGCUGUGUAUUGGUGCCCUGUCCGUGUUGGCCGAUUUCAUGGGAGCGAUCGGUUCCGGCACCGGUAUCCUGUUGGCCGUCACCAUCAUCUACCAGUACUUUGAAAUCUUCGUCAAGGAGCAGUCCGAGAUGGGUGGUAUGGGCACGUUACUAUUUUAGAAAGGUGCUUCCCAUCCCCAACAUCCCCAUCUCCUUUUCCUGUUCCCAUCCUUCAUCCGCUCUGUCCCCUUCUGUUGGAAAAAUAUGUGUUUAGUUGGUUUUGUCCCCGAUUCUUCUUUUUAAUGCAUCAAACCACCCAACCCAAGUGACCCUUCACAGCAGUCACAGAUACCCCACCUCCCGUCCACGAUCACUUUUUACACCACCACCACCACCACUUCCUUUUCCUUCCUCGGGACAAACAUUAAUUUAAGCUAAUAAUUCUCCUUUAGCGUUUUUAGCGAUUAAGAAAUGCGUUAAACACUACUCUACGUGAGGAAAACGAGAGAGCAGCGACUGAGAGGUGUAAUAAUUGAUAAAUGAAGAUAGCGAAGAACGGAAGAACGCGCGCGUGUGUGAAUAUAGUAAUUGUGAAUUAAUUUUUUUUCACUUUUGUCCUUUCCAUAGAGAAAGAGAGCAUCAACAAAAUGCGCAACGCAAGCGAAACGAAACAUACCUGAAGAAUUAAAUAAAUCUUUCAUUCACACAAUA